CCUACAAGAGUGCAAUCUCUACCGCUUCUGCUUGCUUCGCCCUCCCCAGCCCAGAGAAGUAGACUGAACCAUGAUAGCCCGCCAAGUCAGACCGAAUGCUACCUCGCUUGGGAGGAUAGCAUCGACGCCUCAUCGUCAAGCCGUUGCUCGCCACCUGCGUCAGACACGUGCUUUCACCAGCCGUUCGCCUCCAUCUUCGUCUGCUCGGCGGGUCCCAACUGGCACGUCUGCUGCUGUUGUCACUGCCAUUGUCGCAUCUGCCUUGGUAUACAAGUCACAGAUCCACAAUGAUGCCGCUCCCCUCUCUGACGGUGCCAACCCUGUUGCUGAUAUGGUGACGCCAACUACUAUCAGUCAGCAAGAUCAGAUGAGAGCUCGGGCUAGUCAGCAAGGGGUCUACACUUGGGGCAGCAAUAGAUACAACGUCGUGGCCCCAGACUCCCCGGCAACUACUCUGGUCAAGACUCCUCGAUCGAUUCCCUUCUUUGCCGGCAUGGCCCUCCGCGACGUGGUACUUGAAGAGAAACAUGCUGUGGCCGUAGACGCUCAUGGCGAUGUCCUUCAAUGGGGACUAGGCUUCUUCGACGCUACCUCGCGGGCAUUGACCGAGAACAUCGAAGAGGCGCCACUAGGCAGACGUCGCGAGAAGGAGCGGGCGAAUGAGCUCUUCCCCAAGGGAAGCGAAGCCGUUCGUCCCCGUGACCCUGUCAAAACACUGGUGGGCAAGGAUAUCAUCAAGGUCGCAGCGAAUGACACCAAAGUCUUUGCGCUCAGUCGCAAGGGAGAUCUGUAUGUCUUCUCUGCAUCUCAUCAGGCACAGAAGCCACGUAGCGCCAAAGGAAGCUGGAGUGCCAACCCAUUGUCACUCUUUGGUACUCUCUCUCAUCCUGAGAUCGAUCAUGAGAAGAUCUCCUUUGCGCCUUCGGUUUCACUUGCUCGCGGAGACCGGCUUGCACAAAUCGCUGCUGGUUCGUCACACCUCAUAGCUCUGUCAUCGAAGGGCAGGACAUUCUCUCUGCCCAUUGAUUCCAAUGGCAACAUUUAUGGCCAGCUCGGAUCUCGCAAAGUCAUCCUGAAUGCUCCUGCCACACCAGGCAGCAAGGCUACAAAGGUCGAUGCAGUCCUCGAGCCACGGAUCUUGGGCCAGGCGUCGGCAAUGAAUCUGCCGGCAAAUGCUGUCACCCUCCCUUCUUGGGCCCUUCCACCAGGCAAGGAGGCUAUGGCAGCCAAGUCGCAACCGAAAAGCACGGCGACCACCCCUGCGCAAGCCUCUGCCCCGGCAUACCUCUCUGAACCGGGCGAUUCGAUCCGCUUCUGUACAACGCUCUCUGAGAUACCGUCUCUGCGCCAAGUAGCCAUUGCCGACAUCGCCGUGGGUAAUGAACACAAUCUCGCCCGGACGCAUGACGGCAGAGUGGUGGCGUGGGGUCGUCACACACAUGGGCAGCUGGGUCUCGGAGCGAACAUGUCAAUCGAGUGCGUCCCGGUCCCCAGUGAGGUCGUUUUGGCAAAGGCCUUUUCCGGAUCAUCUAGAGAUGUGAAGUGUACCGGCAUUGCUGCUGGAGGUGACAAUUCCUUCUUUGUUACCGAGAGGCGGGAAGAGGGCAGGCUCGGUACAGGCAAGAGCAUCGACGUCCUCGCUUCGGGAAAGGGACAAUGGGGAACACUCGGCAACGCCAUGUGGAGUCAGGUCAAGCCGGAUCCCAGCAGGGUCAAGACGGUCAGCGGUCUGAUGGAAUACUCGGAGCGCUCCAACCUCACGCAUCCUGUGCCUAUCAAAUCUAUCGCUGUGGGCAGACCCGGCCACGUGGCGCUAGUGUUGGACACUGUGGAGACAGAGGGUCAUGCUGCUUUUGGUAGGGAUGUGAUGGUAUUUGGGCACAAUGCAGCCUACCAGCUCGGCACAGGCAAGCGCUCGAACCUUGCAGUGCCACAACACCUGCACCCUCUCCCACCGCCUACACCCACUGCUGGCGCCCCAGCUCCCGACACCAUCAUAGUCAGCACCAAGCUGGCAGAAGCGGACAUCAACAGCGGCGCGCUGACACAUAUGCCUCACAACCGCCUGCAAUUGGCAUCUGAGACGAAGAAUGAUACAAAGGGUGCGCCGAGCGAGACGGGGAAAACAGGCAAGGCCAAGAAGGGUGUCAAGGUGGAGGAGAUGAUUACUGCUGGGACCGUCAGCAUGGCGGUAUGGUGGAAGUGCGAGGCGUGAAGCUGUGUAUUGAGAGUGUGCAGUGUAACCAUACAAAUCAACACGUCCCCACUCCCCCAUUGC